AUGUUUUUGUUAAACGAAAAUGAGGAAUCCCCUAAGGACAUCCUCUUGAACGAGCUAAAAUAUAAAAUUCGCGUAUUAGCAGGAAUUGUUUUCAUUAUUAGAACCACUCCCAUGGUUAUAAGUUUGUUCAGUAAGAAUGCUGAUUAA